UGCGGCGGUGAGAAGGUGCAGCGCCGCCCGGGGCGCCAGGCCGCGCACCGCUGGCCCUGCGGAGGCGGCCGUUAGGACGGGCUGCCCGCGGCUCGGCGGGGCUUCCGCCGGCGGUGAGCGCUCUGAGGGCGGUUCGGGUGCAACGCAGAGCGCGGAGCUAAGCCUGGACGUGCCGCCGGGUAAAAUUGAAUUACUAAAAAUGGCCGUAAAGUGCUGUACUUACUGCACUUGGAAAGCAAAGCAAAUUCCGUGCUAGAAUUAAGAUGCCGGACAAACUAUUCAGGGUUUGUAAUCGCGAGCACCUUCCAAAAGAGGUCCAGGGGCACAGCGUGCCUACCCUGGCGCAGCGAGAGCGGGAGCUGCGGAGCAGUUACUUCAGUUACAGGAUAAAUUACAACUUAUUGAGUGAAAUAUGUAACCUGUGAAGAAAGUUUGGUGAUAUUCAAGAUAGUUUAUCAGUUAUUGAAUGGCAUGGAAAUAACCAGGAUACACUGCAGCUGGCCCAGGAAGGUGAAAAUAUCCAGAUACGUUUACAAAGGCACUGUUGGGGAAGCUCAUUUUAGGAAUCGAAGAGGAAUUCUUGAAUUAGCUGGAGCCAUCAGAUGUACUACAGGACGUUCUCCUUUUGCCUACCUACGCUAUGGAUGCUACUGUGGUCUGGGAGGAAAAGGCUGGCCCAAGGACAAAGUAGACUGGUGUUGUUUUAACCAUGACUGCUGCUACGGUAAGGCAGAGCAAGCAGGCUGUCACCCCAAGAUAGAAAGUUACAGUUGGGAAUGUGAAGACAAUGCUGCUGUGUGUGAAUCACUAGAAGACAGAUGUCAAAAAAUGGCAUGCGAAUGUGACCGCGAAGCUGCCAAGUGUUUUUCUAAAGCUCCCUAUCACACAAAGUACCUUUUGUGGCCAGAUUUUAUGUGUGGUGAGAUUCAGCCUUUCUGUAGAUAUUAGACACAGGAUAUCAGUCUUCAUGAAAACUCUGUAUGUAUUUAAAUCUAAAGACAAUUUUUUCUCACCACAGUGGUGAGCACAAACGAUCUCUUCCCUUUCUUGAUCCUCCUUUCUACCACUCCAACUCUUCCAGCCCAAAACAGACAAACCAAACAUUUGUCCUCUUGUUUAUCUUUCAUUGCACUAAAAGCAAAUUCAUUAUUUCUAACAUAAGCUUUUACUGAUUAAAUACUAAAUAGGAAUUUGAGUUCAUCAGCUUAAGAAGUAACUGACUUAAAACUCACUUGGUUUACCUUCAGAUUCACAGUACCAUUCACUGAAAUUUUUCAUCCACCCUCUCCAUUGGGUAUAUGAUACCAUCCUUCCUGCUAACAUUUAACUUAACUCUGAUUUGUGACAUGUUAACAUUUGUUCUUUGACCUGACAAGAAAAAAAAUGCAUGAAGUGACAGUGUCACUUGUCAGUGUAGAGAGCUCUCUUAUCUACAUUAAACACUCAUUACCAAACCUAAUUUUAAAUUUGCAUCUCAUUCUACUUAAGUCUUAUCUGCAUUAAAAAAUGCAUAAUGUAUUUUUAAUGAUUUUUUUAAUACUAUUUUCUUAGAAAUUGUUCAUUUAAUACAGCUCUAGCUUCUCACUCUGUGUACACCUUGAGUUUCCUAUAGACAGAGGUAAAAGAAACUGUACCUUUAAAACUUUAGAGCCAUAUUGAGUGCAAAUGUAAACUGGCAAUAAGAUGGAUAUCAGAACUAUACACCUCAUAAGGUUGUAAAGAUGGUUAUAGCUAGGGUCACAUCACAGUUUUUGAAAAACUUUUAUGAGGAGAAAUCAAGAACAAGAAUUGCUGAAUAAAACACUUUAUUACUGAUAA